AUGAGAAACUACCUGUGUUUGAUAUUCAUGCUGUUCAGCUGCUUCAGCUGCGCUAGGUCCUCAAGCAAACAUCCGGAUUCUGACUAUGAUUCAAUACGAAGACCUUGCCCCAGUUUCAACAUAGAUUGUAUCAGGUCAUACUUCCAGCACCACGCAUCGUGUGUACCCCACUACGAACCUAUACCAGAUCCAUUAUAUUUGCAGAAGUACUCAUUGUACAUUGCCAAUUCUAAUAUUACUGUCGAACUAAAUGACGUGAAAGUCCAAGGUCUUCUUAACGCCAAAAUCGUGGAGUUUUACAUCAACAAGAGAACAGAUAAGCUAGUGCUUGCUAUUGAAACGGAAAAAUUGUCCAUCGACACACCUCGUCUGCUGAUGAAGUACCAUAGGAAAGCCCAGGAACCGAUAGAAUUGGUUGACAAACUUUACGUCGGCUAUGGCGUAGUAACAAUAACGGCGACUAUACCUUACAUCAACAACAUUCAGUUGACGAAUGCCGAAGUUACCACAUAUGCUGAAGAUGGCAACGCACCAUACACUACAGGAACCAACAUCAACAACAGUCCAGAUCUGGUAGUGAAGACAUCAUACGACAGUUUGCUUAACAACAUGCCGUUCACCAUUCGGGAAGCGCUCGUGACUCAAGGGCCCCUGUUCAUGGCGAACUACAUACAAUACAAUAUUUGCGAUUUCGGAUUAAGAUUCAACAGCUACUCUCAUUGAAUCUAGUGUUUCAAAUAAUUCUACAGAUUUCAGCAACGGUUUUAUUUAUUUAUAACAUUGAUCAACGUCAUGCCAAAAUUCUUUAUAGCGAUGAUGCUGUGAAGUAUUUCUCGUUUAUUUCAAUCAAUUCCGUCUUGUAAAUCACUUUAUAUCUUGGACAUAGAUUUCUGUUUGAUAGUUAUUUACGCUUUUACAAGUAGCUUAAAUUACUAUUUAAUGUAAUCAGUUUGGUGCACAAUGUUUUCAAAAUUUAAUAAAAGCUUAUUCACUUCUU